AUCGGUACAAUUGAAUCCUUCGCUGAUCUGGAGUCACGUGCCGCAGAAAUAUGAGAGCCUAUUAACAAGCGUGCAUCUGUUUUGUGUUUUACGGCAGGGUGCGAGGGAGAAAUAACAUGCAAAUGGAAGCAAAUGGCAGCAUAACCUCUUUGCCAGACCCGGCGUUCUGAGUGUGGUGGACAAGACUGUGCAACGUUCCUUCCGGGUAUUCACAGCGUUUUGACGCGGACAAAGAUUUUGUGCCAUACUUAAAACUCUGAACAGUGCAUUUGUCUCAGUGAACAUGCAGGCCAAGGUCCUGCAUGUUUUUUCCCGUCCACCGCUCAGCACGACAGCUAAUAAAAACUCCUCUUGUUCGUGUAUCUACCGCACCCGAUCACUGAUGGUGGCUGCCUUAGAUGCUCUGUGUGCAGGGCUGUCUAUAUUUCUGUGAGUUAUCGAGCCAUUCUUUGUGGCACUACAAACGCAGGGGCUACAGCUUAAUGAACGGAAAUAUGUUUCAGUCGUGACAGCCCUUCACAGUUUUAGGGCGGACGAGCUAGCCGACGAUAGAACGGACCAGCCGGAGAAGUAGUCGAAGUCGUCCUCAGAGAAGCUCUCACCUGGUUUUCUGUGGCACUAUCAGCUCUACUUUUGAAUCAUGAGUAGGAGGAAUCGAAAAAAGCACAGCGGAAGGAAAUGUACAGAACGGCUGUUCACGUGUAGGAGGGAAUCGGUUGCACUCAAUCUCUCCUACUCGCUCCGCAUCCUUUCCUAGGCACCCAGAAAUAAUAAAAAGCCACAGUAAAAGAAAAUACAUGGAGCAGUUUUAUUCGUGCCACUCUCCCACGGCGAGUAUCAACAGGCAGUCUGCAUUCUCGACUCAGAACGCGCUGUGGCGGGUUACCCUCCGGGGUGUUUACCUGCGCACCCGCCCACUCCGCCGGCGACUUACCCCAGAAAACCGUCAAGGCAUCGAAUGUGCUGAGGGAGCGCAGGAGAUAAGGCGAUAGUUAGCUUCAACAAGAAAUAUUAUCGGCCAAGUUUACAGGUUGUCGAUUCCUUUGUCACGUUGUCUGGGUCUUUUUGGAAGCCUCCGAAGUUGCCUUGAAAGCAUUCACGAUGACGAAAGCAGCGAGAAUGGAGCAACGACGCAGAGGGUUCAAGUCGGGGGCCCGCAAGUUGUUGGCGAUGUGCUCCAGUGGUGUUUUGUUGCUCUCAAUCGGACAAGCUGCUGCGGAGUAUUUGCGUGAAGGAGCUCUGCAGCGUAAUUUGCAAUACUUAUCAGGCGGAUCGACUCAGAGUACACCAGUAUUCAAAGACCAAAUCGCCACAUGCAAGUUGACAGACGCUAGUAGCAAAGUCGAAGGGGAAACGACUCCCAGGUUGACUCUGUCGAAAGAAAAUUUGACAGCUACGCUGCAGUGCUCUGGCAAAAACAAUGAGAAAGUUCCCAGCAGCAUUGAGAAAGUCUGCUCUGCUACGGUUGCAGCAGCGACGGUAGCUACCUGCAAGUCUCCUGAUACCGCAGAGCAGCAACAGGUUACGCUGCGGUCUCUCCUGGGCUCAAGCCAGCACAUAGUGUGGCACAAAUCCGAGGUGACUCCGGAAGAGCUGAAGGAAGGCGAGGAGUGGACCUUGCAGCUACAGGAGUCAGACCUUCCAUUAACUGACAAGGCCUUCUUCGUCGGCUGUGACGUCAAGGCAAAUCCAACUGAAGUUAAGUCCCCAUCACCAGAGUGCAAAGUAGACGUUAAUGUCAAAGCUAGACCUUCUUUCGUUGUCGACAACAACGUUGUCACCUGCGCAUACGGCGGGGAAAGCAACCCUAAGACCUUGGAGGUUCAGAUGACAACAGAGAAGAACACAUUCACUAUUCAGUGUGGUUCUGAGGGUUCCAUCAAUCCUCCAACCUAUGUAACCGAGUACUGCGAUCCCAGUGGAGAAGUGUCCAAGUGCACGCAGAAGAAGUUUGAAGGGAUUCUUCCGGCAUUUGCUGAGAGCUGGUGGAAGAGCGCGGAAGAGAAUCGCUCCGCGACUCUGACAAUCCCGGUGACGGACUUUCCCGAGUCACAACAGCAGUUCCGUGUGGGUUGCGUGUACAAAAGGGAGGGAACUUUUGGAUCUAAUUCUCCAGGGAAGACAGGCGACAAUGUAAACGCACCCACAAAUGCUACUACAUCCAACUGCAAUGUUGUUGUGACUCUCACGCCUGGAAGCUCUGCAUCGUCAUAUGAUCAAAUGGUAACUACAAUCGCUGGUGCGGCCGCUUUGAUGGGCCUGUUGAUAGGGUUCGUUUAA